GUUUUCAAACGAGAUGCUAGACAUUUUCUUAUUGGUGGUAAUAAUGUCAAUCACAAGAAUCAACAGUGAUACUUUUACAAUUGGAUAUUUGACAGGAUCACAGAGAAGACCAGGCGAUAGAGAAUAUUCUAGACCAGGACUUACCAUCUCAGGGGCCAUCUCCCUGGCAGUCGAAGAAGUGAACAAAGGAGUUUUCGGUAAACGUGGACACCAACUGGACUUCCUGGUUGCAGAAACGUACGGUGAAGAGAUCAUCAGCGUCCAGAAAACAGCAGAUCUGUGGACAAAAAACGUGUCAGCUUAUAUCGGUCCUCAAGAGACUUGCGAACACGAAGCCUUCAUGGCUUCUGCAUUUAAUGUCCCUAUGAUAUCAUACUUUUGCACACAUUUUGCCACAUCAGACAAGACAAAGUUUCCGACCUUUGCAAGAACAAGACCUCCAGAUACUCAAAUAUCUAAAUCGGUACUCUCAGUACUCACAGCAUUCAAUUGGACACAUGUAGUCCUGUUCUAUUUGAAGUCUCCAGAGUACGAGUUCUUCAACAUUGCGACUAUUUUGAAGGAUUCUCUGGAAUACUCUGGAAUAACCAUAGCAGCCAUGAAAUUUUGGGACACUCCGUAUCAUCACGGGUACAUGGAGAAUCCUUUCGUCAAAUUAAUAGAGGAGACAUACAUUUUUACACGAAUUUUUGUAAUCUUGGGUCAUCAUUAUGAACAUCUUGGAUUGAUGGUAGCCAUGGAACAGAAGAAAUUGUUUGAAAAAGGUGAAUAUUUUGUCGUGGGUGUUGACAUAGAACAGUACGACGACAAAAACCCUUCGAAGUACUUAAGAGGACUCCUAAGGGAUGCCGAUCUUCCCAAUGACCCAGUAGCACAGAAAGCCUACCAAAGCUACCUGGGAGUAGUACCAUCCAGUCCGGUAGGCUUCGAAAAUUUCACAGCCCUUGUUAAUAGCUACAUGGAGAAAGCACCUUUCAAUUUUCCCAACCCUUUGUCGUAUUUUGGGGGUGGUAAAUUGAUUCGAGCUGAAGCUGCCUAUCUGUACGACGCUGUCCAUCUCUAUGCCAAGGCUCUAAUGGAGGUAAUGGAUAGCGGAGGAGAGCCCAGGAAUGGAAGUGCUAUAAUCGAAGCUAUCAAAAAUACCCACUACAAAAGCGCCAUGGGCUACAUCGUGUACAUGGACGAAAACGGAGACGCCGAAGGAAAUUACACGCUGAUCUCCAGAAAACCCCUUCCAGGAAAACGGGAUCAGUACGGAUUGUUUCCCGUGGGAAUAUUCGCCCUGCCGCGUACGCACUCCAGAUUGCCGGUACUACAUUUGACAGCUACAAUCGACUGGUUAAAUGGAUAUCCACCAAUAGCGGAGCCAUUUUGUGGAUUUACUGGAGAAAAAUGCAUCACUCACACUGUAGAGAUAACAGGGGGCGUAGCUGGGGGUAUAAUAGUGAUAGUACUGAUAAUUUUGUUGGUACUAUACCGUAACUGGAGGUACGAACAAGAACUGGACAGUCUUUUAUGGAAAAUCGAUUUUAAAGAUUUAGAAAUUAAUGAUGAACCGAAUACAAGUCUUGUUGGAAAUAAACUACCAAAAAACAAUCAUCCCUUCAUCAGAACAAGCCAGGUAUCUCUAAGUUCCAACCCUGACGCUGACUUCAGAUAUUCAACAAUAUAUUCCCCGAUCGGCAUUUACAAGGGUAGAGUGUUUGCCAUCAAAAAAGUCCAUAAAAAAUCCAUAGACAUCACGAGGGAAAUGAAAAAAGAACUGAAAAUCAUGAGGGAUAUAAGACAUGACAAUUUGAACGCAUUUAUUGGUGCUUGUACUGAUCCGCCGAAUAUUUGUAUUAUAACAGAAUAUUGUACGAGGGGUAGUCUAAAAGAUAUCUUAGAAAAUGAUGAUGUCAAAUUAGACAAUAUGUUUAUAGCUUCAUUGGUAGGAGAUAUUUUAAGGGGCAUGAUAUAUCUGCAUGACUCUCCAAUAAGAUUUCAUGGUGCUCUACACAGUUCGAAUUGUUUGGUAGACUCCAGAUGGGUGGUCAAGCUCAGUGACUUUGGCUUGAGGGAGUUCAAAAAGGGUGCAGAAGAAUGCAUGAUGAAAGAUGCGACGAAAAUACGAGAAAAAUGUUGGAAUUUACUUUACAGAGCUCCAGAACUACUACGUCAACAAGAAUCCUUCCUGACCAAGGACCAGCCCACUGGGACCCAAAAGGGUGACGUUUACUCCUUCGGAAUAAUUCUCUUUGAGUUGCACGGCAGAAAGGGACCCUUUGGCAACAGCCCUUACACUUCCGCUGAGAUACUGAAUAAAAUUAUCCACUGCAGCAACCCCGCCAUUCCUUUUAGACCUCCAAUAGAUACCUUGGAAAAUAGUUUUGAUUUUGUGAAAGACUGCUUGAAAGAAUGUUGGGCAGAAUGUCCUGAAGAUAGACCUGAUUUCAAAAAUAUUCGUACCAAGCUUAGACCUCUCAGGAAAGGCAUGAAACCGAAUAUUUUUGACAACAUGAUGGCGAUGAUGGAGAAGUACGCCAACAAUUUAGAGGUAUUAGUCGACGAAAGAACCGACCAAUUACAGGAAGAAAAAAAGAAAACAGAUGCACUUUUAUACGAGAUGUUGCCGAAACCAGUGGCUGAUCAACUGAAAAAAGGAAAUAAAGUCAAAGCAGAGGGUUUUGAUAGUGUCACCAUCUAUUUCAGCGAUAUCGUUGGCUUCACGGCUAUGUCAGCUGAAAGUACACCCCUUCAGGUGGUGAAUUUUUUGAACGAUCUCUACACAUGUUUUGAUUCGAUCAUAGAACAUUAUGACGUAUACAAAGUUGAGACAAUUGGAGACGCCUACAUGGUGGUAAGUGGUCUGCCUAUCAAAAAUGAUUAUCAGCAUGCAGCAGAAAUUGCCUCAAUGUCAUUGCAUUUGCUUUCCGAAGUCCAGAAUUUUACGAUAAAGCAUAGACCAGGCCAGAAGUUGAUGCUGCGCAUAGGAAUACAUUCAGGCCCUGUAUGUGCCGGAGUAGUAGGACUGAAAAUGCCAAGAUACUGUCUAUUCGGCGACACUGUCAACACUGCCAGCAGAAUGGAAUCUACAGGGCAACCUCUAAAGAUUCACUGUAGCAAGACUUGUAGAGAUUUGCUCUCGAAACUUGGAGGAUACCAACUGGUAGAGAGGGGACUUGUAACCAUGAAGGGCAAAGGUAACCAGCAGACCUAUUGGUUAUUAGGAGAAGACCAGCAUUUCAGGAGAAUCAGAAAAGAUCUUCGUGAGAAAAGAAGAGCUGAAUUAAGUGGGAAGAUUGUGAGAACGUCACAUCCUGACAGCAAUGGCCAUUAUACAGUAACGAGAAGCUCUCUCAAGAACAAAAACGUCCUAAAAAGCCCUUUACCACGCUGUUCAUCUCUAGAAAGUCCGAAAAAGCUCCGUUUUGCCAGCGUCGAUCUCCAACAAACCCAAGCAGACAGCCAAUAUCUCGAAUCGAUCAGCGACAGCCCCCACAAAAUAGACCUGUCUCAACAUUGUUGCCAAGACAUUUGGAGGACAUCCUCAACUUCGUGCCCUUGCAUAGAAAACUUGGCAAACUCGGCGGCAGCUUUGGCUCAAAUGGCGCUGUUGUCGGACGAUCAGAAAUUGGCAAAACCUAUUUGUUACAGCGUGCCGACGCUGUACUGUCACUUGUCAGUGCCGUCAGGGGCUCCAACUCAAACUAUAUCUGCACCAACCAGUCCUAGAAGACAGGAAGUGGCGCUGUUGUCGAAAUAUUCUUGCGACAGUGAGGAUAUUGUUACUUGGGCUGAGUCAACGCCUUUGUUGAAGAUCACCAAGCCGCAGGAGUCGGAGACUUGUGUUUGACAGAUGUAGUAUUGAAGAAAUGGAAGGUAAGAUCUGUCCAGUGAGCGAAGUAACGUUUUGACAGACAACAUCCAAAAAAUUACAGAAAAUUCUCAAUUUUCCUAACAACUAUGUUGGACAGAUCUUUAUAUUUGCUGUUUUCUAGAUGAUUCCUAUUUAGAUGUUAAAACUAAAAAAAUACGCUCUCAAAAAUCAUGUUAUUCUAUCCCCAUUAAACCAUAAUAAGUAUUAAAUGUAUAAGUGUGUUUAAACAGUAUUUAAAAAAAACAAUAUAGCUCUUAAGAACAAUUCAAUAAUUUUUUGACAAACUUCCACACCACUGUAUCAUGAUUAGUCAGUUGUCAAUAAAUUAUUGAAGCGAAUUUAGUGAAUAAAAGUCAAUCUAGUCAAAAAAUUGUCAAUUGUUGUGGUAUAAAGGAGAUUUAUUAAGUAAUCUGUAAACCAUGGAUUUUUUCUUUAAUGCGUAACUUUUUGGUGCUCCUGAUUCAGCAUCUCAGUAUUCCUGCAGAAAGAAAUUUUCAAGUAAAUUAACAACAGAUGUCGCAUUACUACCAUUUUAAAAAUAUAUUACAUUUAUUAUUACAUUAUAUACAGUAUGUCCAUUGUGACCAUUGCAAUCUGGAAAACUAUAAGAGAUAAAAUGAUUACCCUCUAAUUUGGGAUAUCCUGUACAGUGUACAGGGAAACACCCCGUAUAGUAUAAUUUA